CGCAAGGACACCUAUUUACAUCCCUGAUGUGGCUCCCCAAUCAUCAUCAACCAAAAAAGUACCCAUGCUCCCCACAACAACACUUACAUUAUAUAUCUGGAAUGUACACAAACAUAAAUACUGCUUGCAUGGCUUAUACUCCCCGGCAAUGCCCAUCACAACCCUACAAUCG